AUGGUUUAAAAUGAUUCUGAAGCUACAAAGUAAUCCAGUGAAUUAUAAACAGGAUCCAAGAAAAUCACCAAACAAUAAGGUCACUGGAAUCAGAUAGAACAUAAUACCUAUCUCAAAUUUUUAUAGGAAAAUGCCAAUCACACUAAAGGCUAAAGAUUAUUCAAGAAAAUGAGUUUAGUUGUUGGCACUCGUACACCAAGUCAAUGCAGGUAAGAACCCAUAAUAUAAGAUCGCAUCACUAAAAAUUUAAUCCAUAAAAGACCAAAUCUUCUUCUAAGAAUACAAGAUUAUUAUGGAGAUCCAAACAAUAUGCCAGAAGCUACUUUGCUUUACACAAAUAAUCUGAUGAAUCUAGUAAUUGAUGUGAAUUUUGUAUAUAUCCUCAAAUAUUGUUAAUUUUAUUUAAAGAUAGUAUCAUAGCUAAUAAAAAUCUAAAUCAUUUAUUAGAUUCAAAUCAAUUUUCCCUCUUUCUCUUGUUAUAUCCUUUCUUUUUAUGAUUCAUUACACAUAAUUUUUUAAAAAUACUACAGUAAUUUUAACUUGCCGCAUUUAUUGUCUUUUAAACUUACCUUUCUUUUAAUUAUUUAAUUAUAAUUAUUGUAUGUUCUAAUAAAAUUUCCAACAUUCAUAUUCAUUUGA